AUGCACAAACACACUAGACCCAGCUUUGUGAAGGCAGAUCAUGCAGAUGAUGUUGGAUUCAUGUUCAGUGGAUGUUUCUGGAGUGGAGAGAUAAAAGUUAUAGGCAACAUUACCGAGGAGGAUGAAAGGCUUUGUCGAACCUUGAUGGCAUACUGGGCUAAUUUUGUCCGUAGUGGCUCUCCCAGUGGUCCAGGUCUCUUCACUUGGCCUCAGCAUGACAUGCAGAAGCAGGAGUACAUGGAGCUGGACCUGACACAGACCGUGAGACAGGAACUGAAGAAGGACCGGGUCCACUUUGCUACGAUCACCCUCCCUCAAAAACUGGAACAGUUAGCAGCAGCAGUGAAGGCCACAGCUGGGAAGUAA